GCGAGCGAUGCGCGCGAGCGGCGGCGCGAGCCCACGACCCGCACCACCGAAGCGCUCCGCCCCUCCGACCACCACCAAACUACCAGUACCCGCCUCCUCCUCGCUCGCCAUGCCGGCACCUCGCCUCGCCCACCUCCGCCGCCUACUCUCGCUCCACUCCCCGCCUCCUCACCCGCUCGCCCCCAGCCCCGUCCGCCCCCUGCGCCCCUCCUCCAUCCUCCCCCGCGCCAUGGCCGGCGCCGCGCAGGCAGGUGCGGCGACAGGGUCGGCGGAGUACGAGGAGGUGCUGGGGUGCCUGGCGUCGCUGAUCAAGCAGAAGGUGCGCGCGGACACCGGCAACCGCGGCAACCAGUGGGAGCUCAUGGCCAAGUACCUGCAGAUACUGGAGCUGGAGGAGCCCAUCGCGCGGCUGAAGGUGGUUCACGUCGCUGGGACCAAAGGGAAGGGUUCAACAUGCACAUUUGCCGAGUCAAUUCUUCGAUCAUGUGGUUUCCGCACUGGACUUUUCACCUCUCCACACUUGAUCGAUGUCCGUGAGCGGUUUCGACUUGAUGGGCUGGACAUUUCAGAAGAAAAGUUUAUUAGGUAUUUCUGGUGGUGCUGGAACAAAUUGAAGGUCAAAACUGGUGAUGAUAUUCCAAUGCCAGCCUACUUUAGGUUCCUUGCGCUGCUAGCAUUCAAGAUUUUUUCAGAUGAGCAGGUGGAUGUAGCUGUGCUGGAGGUCGGUUUGGGAGGGAAAUAUGAUGCAACAAAUGUGGUAAAAGCACCUGUAGUUUGUGGGAUAUCUUCCCUCGGAUACGAUCACAUGGAAAUUCUUGGAAAUUCACUUGUAGAAAUUGCUGGGGAGAAGGCUGGAAUAGUGAAGAAGGGAGUUCCAGCCUAUACAGUUCCACAACCAGAGGAGGCAAUGUCUGUACUGAAGCAGAGAGCUUCUGAAUUGGGUGUAUGUUAUAUUCCGUGCCACACAUUUUUUGUUCCACCUUUGGACCCACGGCAAUUAGAAGAUCAACCUCUUGGGCUGCAUGGUGAGCACCAGUACAUGAAUGCAGGCCUUGCAGUUGCAUUGGCUAAUACCUGGCUUGAGAGGCAAGGACAUUUGGACAUAAUACAUGUCAAAGAUCAUCAUGGAGUGCAGGGCACCUUACCAGAUCAGUUCAUCAAAGGGCUAUCAAUUGCUUGUUUACAAGGCCGAGCACAGAUUGUCCCAGAUCUACAAGUGAGCUCAGAAUGUAAGGACGCCAGUUGUCCCUUAGUUUUCUAUUUGGACGGGGCACAUAGCCCAGAAAGUAUGGAAAUAUGCGCAAAGUGGUUUUCCCAUGUUACGAAAAAGGAUACAGCACAACCAGGUCCUUUGGAGCAGCCUCGUAGUGGUAUCAAUUCUAAGAAGAUUCUCCUGUUCAAUUGCAUGUCAGUAAGAGAUCCUCAGAUAUUGCUUCCACGUCUUCUAGAUACAUGUGCUCAGAAAGGCCUCCACUUUGAUCAGGCCUUAUUUGUGCCAAACCAAUCGCAAUAUAACAAGCUUGGUUCGCAUGCAUCACCACCUCCAGGGAGAGAGCAAAUUGAUUUGUCAUGGCAAUUGUCGCUCCAAACAGUCUGGGAAGACUUGCUUCGCGGCAAGAAAGGUCUAAAUGGCACAAGUUCUAGCGGGGCUAGUUUAGUUUUUGAAUCUCUUCCAUCAGCAAUUAAGUGGCUAAGGGAAACUUCUCAACAAAACCAAUCUACUUCAUGGCAGGUCUUGGUUACUGGCUCCCUUCAUCUCGUUGGUGAUGUCUUAAGAUUGAUUAAGAUCUGAUUCUCCUUGCGUCUCGUUGGUGAUGUCUCGAGAUUUAUCAAGUAAAUUUGGUUGGAAUACAAGGUUCAGAUUGAAGUGUCUGUUUACUAGACCACCAUACACCGGAGCCUAUCGUUAUUUAUGAUUGGCAUCCACAAUACAACUACCUGGCUGAAGAAUGAGAGACUUGAAGGCCAUUUUAUUCUGACGUGGACUAAGCGCAAAUAUGUUGUACUACCUCAUUUUUUGUUUCUGCCUAUGUGGGCGCUUGUACAACACUGUAGCCCAUUUUUGUUCAAAUAUAUUCGCUCUGCUUUGGAGUGUACAGACAGCAAACUAUAUUAUGAUAUGAAUAACCAUGCAAAAUUUCAAACUUGGAAUAACAAUGUUUUCCAAGCUUCGAUUCUUCAAAAAUUAUUGUGUCAAAUCCGAAUACCCUUCAUACCGGCAUUCCUGGUUGGAAGAUAGAGAAUAGACUGACUAUGUCAG